AUGACAACACCUGUAAAAAAACGCCGCGUCUUCACCGAGCGCGAAGACGUACUACUACUGACCCAAGUCAGUGUCGAAAUGCUAUUCCUCGCCCGCCGCGGCAAGAUAAUGGAUGUAUGGGACUCUGUCGCACGCAACUUGGCCACCAUUGGCGAGUUUGACCGUCCCCAAUUCGAUGGAAAGAAGGCGCAAGCCCGAUUCAUUAUACUCUUGCGGGACCAUCGCGACAACAACAACGCAUCUCGACGUGCCUCGGGCGCGGCCGAGAAUGUCACCGAAAAGACAAUCCUGUUGGAUGAUCUUUGCAACCAAGCCGACGAAGCCAAACAAGAAGUGGGCCGCCGAAUGACCCAGGAAAUUGAAGAGGCCUCAAAUGUCGAGGAGAAUGGUGCAAUCGCCCGCGAAGAGGCCAUGAAAUCCCAAGGCAAGCGAAAAGCAAAGGACGAGGAUGACGAAUCGAGCGGCGGCGGCGGUGGCAAGAUGUUGAAGGUAUUGUCGUUGAUGAACGAAAGCAACAAGAGCGAAUUGGAGCUUCGCAGACUCAUGUUUGAGAAGGAGAUGGAGGAGCGUACCAAGGAUAGUGAGGCUCAGCUACAGCAUGUGCAAAUGCAGGCGCAACAAGUCCAAAUGUUGCAGUCGACAUUGACUACCCUUCUGACUGCCCUUGUUAACAAAUUGUAA